AUGGAGUAUUAUGUCUCCAACACGCAAAUGCAGUCUCCUCGUCUAUCCGGAGUCUCAUGGACCGAGACGCGCCUACAUGAUCACCUUCCCCCAACUCCUGUUCUCAGCUUCAUAAGAUUGACAUUCCGACCGGAUGUUAAUAUUGUGAAUGAGACAAAGAUAGGGCAUUCACUAUGGCAACAGUCAUUGGCUCUCAUUUCUACCAUACCCGGAUUUCAGCGGGUUUACUGGGCUUCUAUAUCUGAUGACCCCAAUGGAGUUGUCGUUCUAAUUCAAUGGCAGAGUGGCGAUGCAUGGAAAGAAUUCCAAUUUUCAUUUGGAUUUGGCCUCAUGCUGCCUCUUCUACAGCAAAAGCCCCUCCUGAAUUGCUGUGUUCAGCUCAACCUUCCUGCUGAUUUCGCCGCGGGGCCAGGACAUAUUCUAGAGCUGAUAGAACUCUCUGUCCUCCGCGCCUCAAAUAAGUAUGAUCCAGCGGAGAGAUGCCAGUGGGUCAACGAGGAAUGGCAAGGAUUAAUUGAGGUUCUCAAAUCUGGAGUUUUAGGAAUAACAUUUCCGAAACUGCUCUGCGGUGUGCAGGGCUGGCUAGAAGAUGAUAUACCAUCUGAAUAUCGAACCUUUUUCGGUCUUUUACUCUGGAAGGUCCCAUGUGGGCGUGCCUCAUGGAUUCAGACUCCCGCUCUGAAUAAGAAAAUUCUGAUUUUAACCUCUCACAGUGCAGGAAUAUCCACUAUACUGACAGAUCGUCUAUUUGAAUACAACCCCUUGACAAUGCCAACCAACCAGCUAGUAUCCGUCGAACGAUUUUCGGGCACCAUAUUCGCGACCCAGAUCUCGCCACCCCAGUACAGUCGUGACAAGGGGUUUGAUUACAUCGCUCGGUGGGACUUGUGGGGUAAAAGAAGCGUCGAUGAAGCUGCCUCCGGUCGUCGUAUCUGUCCUCUCCCUAGAGCAUUCUGGUGCCCGAUGGGCGCCAUGAGCAAACACGGAUUUCCAACAGUUGGUGAUGUCCUUCCUCGAUCUGCAGUAGUACCGAUGAUUGAUGUCUUGUGGUUGUACGUCGAUGAGAGUUAUUCUGGUUUUUCGGCCACCCUCGGCAACCUGUGUCGCGCUAUUCAUAACAAACUAGGAUCACCGCGUCUCCGAUGGGGCCGAGAAGCCAGCAAAAUUACCCCCGAGCCCAGGACUUCCAUGUUUGCGAUAUUGAUUGGUAAGCUCGUAAAUACAGAGGUUCUUCUACUGGCAGCCCAUAUCGACCAGCUGGUAGACGCCGCAGUUAUCCAAGGACGUGGUGUGAUCCAGAGACGAGGUCCAGAAUUAGACCGCUAUUGCGCUUCGCUUUCCAUGAAUCAGCCCAGUCAACUAGAACUUCUGUCAAUCUCCGUCCCAAAUGAUGAAUGCCACAAGGAUAUCUUGUGGCAUGCCUACCAUAGAUUUAAAUGGACCAUGUCCUCCCCUGCUGUCCAAGAGGGUAUAUAUGUGCGACAAUUACCCACUGCAGCCGCCGAGCCCCUCCGCCAUGGCUUCCACGAAAUUGUAUCUAGUCCGCUACACAGCUCAUCUGCAAACACAAUUCGCUUCUCUGCUAGUACUGCUUGGUUGAGUGCGGAGGCCCGUGAAGAAUGGUACACCGGUUUUGCGGACCAAGCAAUAAGCUGUUACGAACGCCUGGGUUAUAUCAUUGCUUGGUUUCAGACUGUGGCACUGGCCGCGGAGUGCUUUGUUAUUGACCUGGAACCAAUAGGUCGGACUUUUGAUGAUUGGUAA